UUGAGUAAUUGUCUGCUUGUGCGACAAGAGAUUAUACAGUUGAAAGUGGAUUUUCUUCUCAAGCCGAGAGAGCGAUUAGUCUUUAGUUUCGGUGGUGUGAUAACAAAUAUGGUAUUUAGUCGAAGCACGGAAAAUUGCACACACAUUGAGUCAAUGUGCCAAGGCAUUUGGCUCACUUUUGGCGAUGAUUUGAUCUUCAUUUGACGUGAUUUUUGGCACUUCGUGUGAUCAUAUCUUUUUGUAUUGUUUCUCAUCUUCUUUCGCGGUCGUGUUCUCGGUGACAUUGAUCUUUCGUGGCGGGUUUUUCUCACUUCGCGAAAAAAAGACAGACAGUCUACAGCUAUAUAACGAAGCAUGGAGAAGGCAAAGGUGAAGAAACAUCCAGGUGACGAGCUUCACGGACUUUUGUCAGACUUUGCAGAUGAAUUUGAAGCACGAGUCGAUGAAAUUCGUCUUAAACAGUCAGAAUUGGAUUUCAAGCGUGAAUUGCAUUAUGAGGGAAUUCACUACAAGAAAUUCACGAAGCGGAAUCACGCUUACUUGAUUGCCUUUGCGAUCUUCUACACUUUCUUCUUGGUUCUCGGAGCUCUCAGCUUCAUGAGUGUCGAGUCGUCACUUGAACUUGAGACGCGACGGAAGUUGAGCUUGUCCAGAAACACAUUUCGUGCCAAAUACAGCAUACAAGAUGAUGAUCUCGAGGCGUUUCUCAAGGAGGUUGUGAGUGCCAGUGAACGUGGAAUUUCCAUCCUGCGAAAUGCUUCAUCCAGUGAACUGAACUGGAGCUUCGGCCAGGCAUUGUUCUUCUCAAGCACCGUUGUCACGACCAUCGGUUACGGACACGUAACACCGCUCAGCGAGACUGGGAAGAUUUUCUGCAUGAUAUACGCAACUCUGGGGAUUCCGCUAACACUGGUCCUCCUGUCAGCCGUAGUCGAUCGUCUCAUGAUUCCUGUGAGUAGCCUGUUGGGCUUUAUGAAUGCAAAAUUGGGCCAUUUGUAUCAACCAUUCAACAUCCGUUUGCUCCAUUUGCUGCUCAUUGUGGUGGUUAUUGGACUGCUCUUUCUCGUGGCGCCAAUGUUUGUCUUUGCCUACAUGGAGCCUGGCUGGGAUCUACUGGAUGCCUUCUACUACUGUUUCAUUUCCCUGACUACUAUCGGUUUGGGUGACUUCAUUCCGGGAGACGGGGAGAAUGUGGCAAAUCCGACGCUCUACAAGACUCUAACCACGUGCUAUCUGCUGCUGGGCUUGUCCGGCGUGAUGCUGGCUCUAUCGGUGUUCUACCAGAUUCCCCAGCUCAACCUGGGCCAGCUCUUCACCGAGUAUGGUAGCGGCGCGAGUGAGUCGGAGAAGAUGAGACUGUCAGGCGCUGGAGCUCCUUGCUAUUCCGGGCCCACCGGACUCUACAUUCCUCAGCGCGACGAGGAGGUGCGUCGCGCUGUCGUCCGGAUCAGGCCACGCGGCGAAGACUCGCCAAGUCCUGAGGACACAACGCCUAUGCAUGCCCGAGACAUUCGUGUGCCAUGAACGCACCCGCAGGAGAUGAGAUGGAAUACAAAAUGAGAACUACUGAUCCACUAUUGUUUUAUAAUUUAAGACAUUAAUAUAAUAACAUAUAAUAUCAUCUGAAAUCAGUCUAUCAAAAAGAAUAUUUAUAUAUCAAUGUUAUUCACUUGUGAAGUUUAAGAGAUUCUGGCAUUAGUUGAUUGGGAAGAGAGUGAAAGAAAGCGAAUGAGUUAAAGGUGAAGACAAAAUUUUAUCCCCUGUUUAGGAAUUGAAAGUAUAUAUCAAGAUGGCAAAGAUUAUGAGAUUAGAAGGUAUAAUAUUUCAUAAAAUUUACUCUGAAAUUAAUAUAUUUAUUUUUAGAUUGAGAAUAUAAAGUGAAGAUAUCAGAUAAUUCUUUAUAAGUAGAUUUAGAUGAAUGAAGGGCCAGUUAAUUGCGCCACUUCGGCUUUGAAUGAAGACACAUGAUGUGUGAACAUUUGUGAUUAGCUUCCUGUCCAUUUUAAAUGCAUUCAGCACGUAGUGAUUGCAAAGUGAAAGUACGGGAGGGAAUGAGAUUGAUGGUUUAAUAGCAAUGCAAUAAGUUAUAAUGAUAAAUUAGUCAAAAAUCAGUCUUAACUUUAUUUUUGCACAUUAUUUAUUAACUGUCUCGACGAAUGAAUCAUACCCGAAAUAUUAAAAUUCUGACUAAACACACUUGUCUGAUGAUAUUCUUUUAAAUAUUUCAUCGAGUGAGUCACACGCUUUUCUCAAUCUCAUUCUCUCAAUUGAGAAUUUCCACGAAGUAUGAGACAAUUUUGUGAAAGUACAGGAAAAUAGAUACCUUACUAGAGAAAAACACUUUAUUUGUAUGUAGAUUAUAUAACAAAUGAACACAUAUAAAUGCUCAAAUACUUCCUUUUUAGAACAUAUGAAGAGUAAUAAUAUUGCUGUUUAGGGACGAUUGAGACAUAAGGGCAACAAUGCUUCAUAUCAUGCGAUAUUUCCACCUUUCUAAUGAAUUUGACUGACUGCAAGUGUCACCCAUAAAGUUUUUGUACCUGACACUUUUUUUUUAGCAUGAUACGCGAAGAGUAAAGAUUAGAAGAAGAGAAUUAUAAGAAUAUCAGGAGUGAGUAAUACACACUGUGGCAAGAGAAUUGAUCCACCAUAAUAGCAAUAAAUCCCAACAAGAAAAAAUGAAAUGUUUUAUGAGAAUUCAGAAGAAAAUGAUAUUUUUCGUUUUUUCUUGAAAUUGUAUUUUGACAAAUUUAUGGACAGUCAUAAGACACAUUGAUUUGCGUACGUUGUAUAUGAAUCUGCUGUGAAUUAUUCCAUGGCAUUGAAUAUGGGAAUUUCUCUUUAUAGGGUGAGAUUAAAGCUGUAAAUAUCUAUGCCAGACCUAAUUAACAGUUGAAAAUUGAUAAUGAAAUUGGAUCAAAUCUACUGCCCCUGAGUGCAUCUUACUCAGCGAUAACGAAGCCAGAGAAAUUAAAACUUGUUGGAAUCACGAAAGAGAAAGGGAGAUUUUAUCCCAAAAAAAAGAAGAGGAAAAUUGAUGAAUAAUUUGUUGGUCCUACAACAAUUAAAUGAAAAAAAAACAGAGGCUGAUUUUCCAUCCUCAUCACAUUGUGAUUAUACUCGCAACUGUUGCAAUGAAAAUCAGAUAAGACAUGAUGAAGAAUCACGCCUAAUUUGAGAGAUUCUUCUCUGAUGAUGUUUUAUUUGAUUUUCUCAUCACCUCAACGAGCGAAACUCCUUGACUUCUAGUGGAAGAUGAGCAGAAAGAAAAACACGGAUGAGGAAAAAUCGAUCGACUUUAUUAUGUCAGUGUGAAAUCGCGCUGGGACCAAAAA